ACGUUUUGUUGUUUUUCGUUCAAGAAACUACCCUUCUACUCCCAUAAAAAUUUCCUCGCGCUUGCUUUUUUUUUUUUUUUCAGGAACGCGCCGGAAGACGGAGCACGAAGCCGUCGAGUGCAACACCACGUUUUGCAAAGCGGAAGCCAGCUACCUGUCCAACAUAAUCCACAGCGGCCGCAACCCAUGUGACAAUUUCUACAAGUACGUGUGCGCAGACUGGCAGUCCGUGUCCAGCGACUCUCAGCAAUACGACACUACCGACGACGCCCUCACGGGCUCUGUGGAAGAGAUGGCAAGAACAGUGCUGGACGGUGGUAAGCCGGCCGAAUUCCAGCCCCUGUUCAACCUCUGGACAGCUUGCACAAAAACAGGUACCGUCAUGGAUGAUGAACUGAAGAAUGUGCUAGCAUCCUUUGGACUCAAGGUUAGCAAGGCCGCUACAGUCACUACAAGCGACGUGCUGCAGGCGGCGGGUAUCCUGCUGUACAAGCUCGACAACGCGCCCAUCGUCUCCGUGGAGCUGAUUACGAAUCCUCCGAACACAUCGUCGAAGUUAAUAGCGUUAGGGGAGCCAGACAUCCUCGUGAGCCGAGCGGACGUCGCGCUUGACGCCAGCAAGAAGAAACUCUCAUCUCUGGCCUGCAAGUUUUUCACCUCGUGGGCGCCGUCGGGAGACCAAAGCGACACCCUGUGCGACGCUGUAGCGGACGUCGCCUUCGAACUGGCCAAGUUGUCGCUGCUCGACAAGCAUGUUACAGACCAAAUGAACUUCUACGCGGUCACCUCCCAUGCAUACGUCCGUAUGUUUAUGCCGUUGCUCUCCAUGAUGAACGGAACGAAGGAUUACUUGGGCAAUAACGCCACGUACCUCGUAAAGAACAGCGUGCAAAUGGGGGCACUAAAAGAUCUCUUGGAGUCUAAGCCGAGCGACGUGCUGGCCUACAUGGCGUUCCACACGACCGUCUACCUGUCCCCCUACCUGAAAGGAAAGGAGGAUCUCUGGGGCCACGCCAUGUUCAUGCUGACCGGAAGCCAGCGGCCGCAGCCGGUGCCUAAGUGGCGGCUCUGCCUGCGGCUCGUCGACAAGCUCCUGCCCGGUCCUCUGGUGGUGGCCUUCGAGAUGGCCGACAGCAGCAAGCCCUUCUUCGCCGACCUUGUGGCACGUAUAGUCGAGUAUUACCACGUGCUUUUGGGCCAACUGUCUCAGUAUAACGAAACCACAGAACUCAAGUGUUUAUAUUGUCAAGGUCAACUUAGGCAGUAACGCUGACAAAGACGCGACCUUAUGCGGACAGUAAAGCAACGUAUAGUUUGGGGCGUCAGUUUGCUAUUAUUGUUUAUUGUGACAUUCUCUCGCAAAAUCGCUUUUAGUAUAUCCCAUCGCUUUCCUUCCUCGUUACAAGAUAUAUUUGUUGCCCUCGCUUCAUUGCGGUGACGGAGCUCAUAAUUUGCGAAGAAC